CCUUGACAUGAGGUGGUUUUGGGUGGUGGCUCUUGUGGCACCUGCCUGCACCAUGCCCUACAACAGCACGAGGGGCAGCACUGGGGAUGGGGACAACGGGGACAGAGGGCGCUGCCGGCUGCAGUACAGCACCCUGGGCUCCGAGGUGCUGCUGCCGUGCCCGGCCGCAGGGGGGCGCACGGCCGAAUGGCACCGGGGGGACACUGCCCUGGGAUCACAUCCUGCCCCGGGGCUGGUGCUGCCCAACGCCAGCCUGGCCCACGAGGGCUGCUACAGCUGCCACCACCCCAGCACCGGCGAGACCUGGGGCACCGUGUGCCUGCGGCUGGGCUACCCCCCCGCUCCGCCUGCGCUCCAGUGCUGGGCCAUCAGAUACCCGCAGGCAGUGAACUGCUCCUGGGCUCUGGACCCGGAGCCGCUGCUCGACACCGACUUCGUGGCCACGUACGGGCACGGCACUGGGGGGGAUGCAGGGAUGGGUGAGUGCGUCCGCACGGGGCCGCGGAGCUGCUCCUUUGGGAACGUGCAGGUUUUCUCCCUCAUCCCCUACGUGGUGAACGUGACGGCCACGAACGCGCUGGGUGCUGCCUCCUCCAGCCUGCCCUUCCUGCUGGAGAGCAUCAUAAAGCCAGACCCUCCUGAGGACCUGCGGGUCUCACCCAUCCCUGGGGAGACCACGAAGCUGCUGCUGGAGUGGAGCCCACCGGGAUCCUGGCCCUUCCCAGAGUACUUCCCACUGAGGUACCACAUCCGCUAUGCGCAGGAGGACGUCCUCAUCACCACAAUGGUCGCUCCGUAUGAGCACACAUCCCUCACGCUGUCGGACCUGCGCCCCGGAGCCCUGCUCCAUGUCCAAGUGGCUGCCAAGGACUUCAUGGACUCCGGGGAGCUCAGUGCCUGGAGCGCGCCUGCCUCGGGGGUGCCAUGGAUGGAGCCGUGAUGGGGGCACAGGACCAGCGUCCCCAUCCCCUGUCCCACGCCGCCCUCUGUCCCCUUUUCCCCAUCAGUUUGGGGGGUUUCCUGCCUAUUUGAUGUUUCUUUGGUCUCUUUGGUCUUUGCAGUCUCAAUCAGGUCCAAAGGAAGCACGAAGUCGUUGUCAUUGCAGCGCCCCAGCCCUGAGAGCACCGAAACGGAGCCGUAACAUCCGUAACAGGGACGGCAGGAGCCAGAGCCAGGCAAU